CCUGUUACCAGGCAGACGGACUCUUUUCCAACAUGGCAGCGCCGAGCAACGCAGAGCAAACGCAGUUGCAGGACAUGGAGGAGGAACAAGCUGCAGGGAUGGAGCGGAGAGAGAUGGAGUCGGACGAAGAGGAGGACGACGAGGAGCAGGAGGAGGAAGAAGGUAUGGGAGAAGACGAUUCAGACGACGAAGAGGACGACUCCUCCGAGGACGAGAAGGAGAACGAAGCCGAGAUCCAGCGUCUGGAGGAGCAGCUGUCAAUCAACGCUUUCGACUACAACUGCCAUGUGGAUCUCAUCAAGCUGCUGCGGCAGGAGGGAGAACUGAUUCGACUGCGGAAGGCAAGGCAGAAGAUGAGUGAACUCUUCCCUCUCACUGAAGAGAUCUGGCUGGAUUGGCUCAAGGAUGAGAUCCGUCUGACUGAGACUGAGGAGGAGUCGAACCGGGAAACGGUGUAUGAACUUUUCGAGAGAGCAACAAAAGACUAUAUCUGUCCAGAUAUCUGGCUUGAAUAUGCUCAGUAUUCAAUUGGUGGCAUGGGCUCACCAGGGGGGAUAGACAAGGUGAGAUCCAUCUUUGAGAGAGCGGUGACGGCUGUGGGGCUUCACAUGAACAAGGGACAGACGGUGUGGGAGGCGUACAGAGAGUUUGAGAACGCCAUUCUGUCCACAGUCCAGCCUCCCCCUGGCAGGAUUUCCAGCCGCGAGGAGCAGGAGCUGCUCAACACUCAGCUCGAGCGAAUCCAUACACUGUUUCGCCGUCAGCUAGCCGUCCCCUUAAUGGACAUGGAAGCCACCUAUGCAGAGUAUGGCGAGUGGUCUGAACACGGGGUUCCUGAGAUGGCCAUGAAUCUGUACAAAAAGGCUAUGCAGCAGAUGGAUAAGCGCAGAUCUUUUGAAGAGUCACUGCUGGUAGCAGAGCCCCCGAAGAUGGCAGAGUAUCAAACCUACAUUGACUUUGAACUAAAGGAAGGCGACCCAGCUCGCAUCCAGAUAACGUUUGAGCGGACUCUGGCGGAGAACUGCCUGGUGCCAGACAUCUGGGCAAAAUACACCUUGUAUCUUGAUCGUCAGCUGAAGAUCAAGGACUUGGUUCUUCCUAUUCAUGAACGUGCUGUCAGGAACUGUCCCUGGACCAUGGGUCUGUGGAAGAGCUACCUGCUCGCUCUGGAGAGGCAUGGAGCAGAGCAUCAGAUUGUCUCAGAGGUUUUUGAGAAGGCGCUGACUGCCGGUUUCAUUCAAGCAACAGAUUAUGUGGAAAUUUGGCAGGCGUACCUGGACUACCUGCGGAGACGUGUGGAUUUCAGUAAAGAAUCAAGUAAAGAGUUAGAGGAGUUACGAGGAGCCUUCUCUCGAUCUCUAGACUACAUUAAACAAGAUGUGGAAGAAAGAUUUGGUGAAAGCGGAGAUCCGUCUUGUAUCAUUAUGCAGAUCUGGGCGAGGAUAGAGGCCCUCCACUGCAAGAACAUGCAAAAAGCCAGAGAACUGUGGGACAGCAUCAUGACAAAAGGAAACGCUAAAUACGCCAAUAUGUGGCUGGAGUACUAUAACCUUGAAAGGUCUUAUGGUGACCCAGCUCACUGUCGGAAAGCUCUUCACAGAGCAGUUCAAUGCACCACUGACUAUCCAGAGCAUGUGUGUGAGGUCCUGCUCACCUUUGAGCGAGUGGAGGGUUCUCUGGAGGGCUGGGACGUGGCAGUGCAGAAGACAGAGACCCGGCUGACCAGGAUCAAUGAGCAACGAGCAAAGGCGGCUGAGAAAGAAGCCAACUCUGCUCGCCAAGAAGACGAAAAAGUGGAUCAGCGGCGGAAAUCAAAAUCCGAUAAGAAGUCUCAGAAGAAGGACCAGACUAGAACUAGAUUUGGAGAGAAGAGGAAAGCAGAAAAUAAUAAUUAUCAGGGCAAGUGGAAUGAAGACUCUGCUCCUAAAAGGCACAGAGGCAACGGGGAGCAAAGCAGAGAGGAGCACAUGGAGACCGAGACAGGACUCUCUGGCAGAAAUGCCCCCCCUGGGUAUAAGGCGGCUAAAAAAGGCCAGCAGGGAGCCAUGGCUGCUGCUCAGAAGCCAAACGAUGACAAGCCAGAGCUGCGAAACGAUAACAGCAGUGUGUUCAUCAGCAACAUGGCGUACACCCUGGAAGAGCCGGAGUCGAAGCUCAGGACGCUGUUUGAGACGUGCGGUCCCAUCAAAGAGGUUCGCCCUGUCUUCGGCACCAAAGGGAACUUCAAAGGUUACUGCUACGUACAGUUUGAGUCCCCGGUGUCGGUCCCUGAAGCCUUGAAGCUGGACAGACGGGAGGUGGAGGGCAGGCCCAUGUUUGUGUCACCUUGUGUGGAUAAAAACAAAAACCCUGACUUUAAGGUGUUUAAAUACAACACAACCAUGGAGAGACACAAAAUCUUCAUCUCCGGGCUGCCGUUCUCAUGCACCAAGGAUCAACUGGGGGAACUCUGCAAAGGCCACGGCACCAUCAGGGAGGUCCGAUUGGUCACGUAUCGCUCAGGAAAACCCAAGGGUCUGGCAUAUGUUGAGUUUGCAGAUGAAACCGAGGCGUCUCAGGCUGUUCUGAAAUUAGACGGCACUGAAGUGGAGGGCAACAAAAUCUCUGUUGCUAUAAGUAACCCUCCUCGGAGAAGCAUGGCCGACUUACCUGGUUCCAGUCGACUUAUGGCGGACAUAAUGCCUCGCCAGGCUUUUGGAGCGAGAGGAAGAGGCCGCACCCAGCUGUCCCUGCUCCCUCGCUCCCUGCACCGACAAAGUGGGCCCGCAAGCAAAGUGGAGAACGGGUCCGCAGCCGAGCUGGAGCCAGGACCUGGCAGCUCAUCAGCCAACGCAGCCGCGGAGACGAAACCUUUGUCGAAUUCAGACUUUGCCAGGAUGCUUCUCAACAAGUGAGAAGACGAGCAGGAGAACCACACUGAAAAACCUUCUUGUGUCCUUACAAAUUAGUGUCUGUGAUUCUUCUGUAAUUGGUUUCCUGAUUUUCCUUUGAUCCCAGUCCCGUUCCCUUAGCCGCUACUGCGAGACGGCCUGAAUCGCCACAAUCUCACCUUCCAUCUUAAAUCCUGUGACAGAUCGAUUUUGUGUGGUGUGUUUAAAGAUGGCUGACAGGCAAUUUUAUAAAAACAAGUGUAUCAUAUCUGUGUGUAAAUAUACUGUAACUAUUGUU